CGCGUGGAUAGAAAUCCUGAAGAAGGUGAACGCUGUAACAACCUGCCCAAGAGAAUUGGCCGAGGUCAAGAAGAAGUGGUCGGAUAUGAAGACCGAGGCCUUCAGACAGCUUCAGCAUCAUGCGAGGAGACGAAAUCCCUAGAUGUCGAGACCACGUACCACACUCUGGAGGAAGGCGGCAUGGUGGAGUACUGCACCACCACCGAGGCCACACCCACCGUGGUGACCGCCAUGGAGUCGCAUCCAGUGAAAAUGCUGGCGGCAGUGUCUUCGACCCAACCGCCCAGCCAGGCCAAGCCCCAGGAGCUGAAGAGCCGCAUUGCCCUCAACUCGGCGCGGCUCUUCCAGGAACAGCGGGUCACCAAUGUGCACGUGAGGCAGAUCGCUCAGCAUCUGGAGAACCAAUUACUUCAGAUGAUCCGUAGGUCCCAGGAGGCGCAGCCCUAUGCCCAGGAGAGGCAGGCCCAGGCACUGGAGUGCACCCAGGCAGCCCUGCUGGCCCUGGUUCAGAUGAUGAGGCCGGCUCUUAAAGACCUGAGGAAGUUCCUGCAGAGCGGGACUGACAACUCCAACAACUCGGGGACUCUUGCAGAGGGCUCGCAAUAGAGGCCCAAGAUCCCGUUGCCACAGCCAGCCGAGGAUGAACAAUAAAGUGUGUGUGAGAGAGAGAGUGUUUGUGUGUGUGUCUAUGAAAUGUGUUUGUGAGCUUGCUCAUGCUUGUAUGAAAUAUGAUAACUUUGAGAGAAAGAUAACUGUAAUGAGUUCCCUCAGAAUGAGCAUGCACAGAGGUUUAGUGUUAUAGUUCUAGAUAGAAAUAAGUUGCUGUAAUGGUUGUAAAAUGAAGUUCACAUUUUCCAUUAUGGAUUUGUAUAAUUGA